AUGGAAGCUAGUAUCUUCCUACUUUUUUUCCUAUUGUCUUUCUACUCUAAUAUACACAACAUUUCUGCUACAAGCGAUGUAAUCACUACAAAUCAAUACAUCAUAGAUGGUGAAACUGUUGUUUCGUCUGGUGGAACCUUUGAGCUGGGAUUUUUCAGUCCCAGCGGUACCACAAAACGAUAUAUUGGGAUAUGGUACAAACAAAUUCUUCUUCAUGUGCAAACAGUUGUAUGGGUUGCCAACAGAGAAAAACCACUAACAAAUACAUCUUCUGCUGUUUUGAAGGUCAUCAAACCAGGGAUACUUGUUCUUUAUGGUGACAAGAAUGAAAGUAUAUGGUCCACUAACACCUCGAGAUCAGUCCAAAAUCCAGUUGCAGUUCUUUUAGAUUCUGGUAAUCUUGUUGUCAAGGAUGCUGAUGAUGAAAAUCCAGAAAAUUUCCUCUGGCAGAGCUUCAGUUUUCCUACAGAUACGCAGUUGCCUGGUAUGAAGCUUGGCAAGAAUUUUCAAACUGGGCAUGAGGCUUACCUUUCAACAUGGAAGAACGAUAAUGAUCCAACUCCAGGGGAUUUCACUCUUCACGUUGAAGUGGCUCCAUAUCCACAGGGCGUCAUCAAACGUGGCUCAAGUGUAUCUACUCGGGUAGCACAAAGAGUUGGGAAUAACAACAUUUAUAAAAUUCAAUCUGUUUUCAAUAAGGAAGAGGUUUACUAUAGUUUUUCUCUCAUUAACAGCUCGGUUUUAUCAAGACUAGUCCUGACUAGUAAUGGUUAUGAACAACAAUUGACGUGGGUGGAUCAGACUAAGAGUUGGAAUAUUUAUGUC